AUGAGAGUCAUGCUCACUGGGGAGAUUUACGGGCGGGGAGCUAAGCCUCCUAUGUGUGCAGAGACUCAGCCCCAGAGUGCAGUGUUCCUGCCGGAGUUCGCCCUCUCGUCUCGGGGCAGUUUCAUGCAGGAUGCCACUGAAGAUCAGUUUCUAACCUACAGAUACGACGACCAGGCAUCCAGAAUGACACGCUCAGAUGAGGACAGGGACAUUGGGUGGGAUGCCUGGGGCCCCUGGAGUGACUGCUCUCGAACCUGCGAUGGAGGAGCCUCCUACUCUCUGCGACGUUGCCUCAACGGAGGAAGCUGUGAUGGCAAAAACAUCCGCUACAGAAGCUGCAGCAAUUUGGACUGCCCUGCAGAGUCAGGAGAUUUCCGGGCCCAGCAAUGUUCAGCCCACAAUGAUAUCAAGUACCAGGGUGUCACAUAUGAGUGGGUCCCAGCCCCGUAUGACUCCUCUGCACCCUGCGUCCUGCAGUGCCAGGCUAAAGGGAGAAGCCUCACUGUUGAACUUGCCCCUAAGGUGCUGGAUGGGACACGAUGCCAGGCAGAUGCCUUAAACAUGUGCAUCAAUGGAAUGUGUCAGGAAGUGGGCUGUGAUCGGCAGCUGGCCAGUGGCGCUAAGGAGGAUAACUGUGGCAUCUGUGGCGGUGACGGUUCCACUUGCCGGCUGAUGCGAGGACAGGUCCUACCCUACCUGACACCAGAACAAUCUCAUAAGACAGUUCUGGAGGUGCCAGUGGGAAGCCGCUUUCUCAGACUCAGUGCCAAAGGACCUGAUGUGAUAUCCAUCGAAGCUAUCUCUCUUCAGGGAAGGAAGGAGGAGACCAGUCUGAUGUCCACAGGCUCUUACGUGAUAGGAAACACCUCCUUGGAUUUUCAAAGAGGGACAGAAAGGCAGACACUCAGGACACAUGGUCCACUCAAUGCUGAUUACUUUAUCAAGAUGAAGUACGGAGGCCCCAAAAACACAGUUGUCCAGUUCCUGUUCUACCAGCCGAUUAGGUACCAGUGGAGGGAGACUGAAUUCUUCCCCUGCUCUGUCGCCUGUGGAGGAGGCUACCAGCUCAACUCUGCAGAGUGCACAGACAUCCGAUCCAACCAGAUGCUGCCUGAGCAUCACUGCAGCAGCUAUCCUGAAAACACCAAACCAACACCGAAACUCAAGGAGUGCAACAUGGACCCCUGCAAAGAGGGUGAUGGAUUCAAAGAGGUGAUGCCAUAUGACCACUUCCAACCUCUGCCUCGCUGGGAGCAGGGCCCCUGGAUCCAGUGCUCUGUGUCCUGUAGUGGUGGCUGGCAGGAUCGCAGUGUACUGUGCGUAGAGGAGGACAGCCUUGGACAGUUCUCUCAGGUGGAGGAGUGGAAGUGUACCCACUCCCCUCGACCUGUCACCCGACAGAUUUGCAACAGCUUCUCCUGCCCCCAGUGGGUGGCCAUGGAAUGGUCUCAGUGCACGGUGACGUGCGGCCGAGGCCUGCGUUACCGGGUGGUUCUGUGCAUCGACCAUCGUGGACAGCACAUUGGAGGCUGUGAAGCAUCACUCAAGCCUCAGGUUAAAGAAGAUUGUCUGGUCCCUAUCGCCUGCCACAAGCCUAGAGAAUCCAUGCCAGUGGAGGCCAAGGUGCCCUGGUUAAAACAAGCUCACGAACUGGAGGAACACCAUACUGCCACAGAGGACCCCACAUUUGUACCUGGGCCCUGGGUACCCUGCAGCACCACCUGUGGGCCAGGCAAGGAAACACGUGAGGUGAAGUGCCGGGUGAUGCUUUCAUUCACCAAGACGGAGGUGGACCUUCCAGACGAGGAGUGUGGCAAAGACAGACCCCAGGUAGAGAGGCCCUGCUACCAAGGGCCAUGUAGGGGCAUCUUCUCAGGCCCCCAGGAACAUGGGGCCCCGUACAACCAGAUGGAGGAACUGUACAGUUGGGACUACAGGGGCUUCAUUGCCUGCUCAGCUACAUGUGCUGCUGGGAAGCAGACAGCAGAUGUGAGGUGUGUUAACAGGAAGCAAGGUGAGGAGGUGGAGGACCCCCUGUGCAAUUUGUCCAGCAGGCCACCAGCAAUGAUACGAAUCUGUAACCCUGAACCAUGCCCCCCAAGAUGGGAGGUGACGUCAUGGACCAGCUGCUCUGCAUCCUGCGGCGUUGGAAUACAGACCAGGAGUGUGUUUUGCAUGAGUCUGUUGUCCAUUGACCAGCAGAAUAUUCUGACUGUUUCUGAGGAGGAGUGCAGGGAAUUCAAACCUGCCAUUCUGCAACCGUGCAACCAGGUUGACUGUCCCCCAACCUGGGAGACUGAACCCUGGCAGCUGUGCUCCCAGUCAUGUGGUGGGGGUGUCCAGAUGCGAAAGGUUUACUGUAAGCAGCUGUUGUCCACAGGGGCCUUUAGGAGGUUGGGAGAGAGAUCCUGCCGGGGCCCCAAACCUGCCACAGAGAGAGGUUGCAGCAACACUGACUGUCUGCCCUACACGGCAGGAGGAGAAUGGGGAAAGUGCUCAAUGUCCUGUGGGUUGGGGAUCCAGCGGAGGGAGCAACGAUGUCGCCAGUUGACAGCCGUGGGCCACCAGGUGACACUGGACAGGGAGCUGUGCUCAGGAUUACCCUCCCCCCCUCUUGUGCGAGCGUGCCGCAUGAUGGCCUGUCCCAAACACAGCAAAGAUUGGAGGCACAAAGACACUCAGAAGGUUCCAGUGAAGAACCAAGUGGGACAUCCAACAAAGGCCCGGGGCUAUAAGAGUGGGGUUAAACGGUGUCCCAUGCUAAUGGGUAAGCACCACAUCUACGUCCAGACCCACAAGGAGAAACGCAUCCAUUUGACUGUUGGUGGCCAUGCCUACCUUCUACCUAACACCUCCCUGGUCAUCAAAUGCCCUGUCAGAAAGUUUCCGAAAGCAUACAUCCGCUGGUUGAAAGACGGACGCCCCAUACCCAGCUCCAAACGCCUGGGCAUCACCAAGUCGGGCUCUCUAAAGAUUCACUUUUUGACAACAGAGGACAUUGGGGUGUACAAAUGUGUCACUGGACCCGCCUCAGAUAUCUUCACCCUUCAGCUGAUAGGUGGUAACAUCAUGACAACUGGGAGACUGUCUACUACCACUCCUGGUCCCAACAGGGAGGGAAUGUUGCCUAGUUGCCACAGUCACUACUCAACCUUGAAUCCGUACAGGCCCGUCAGUGUAUCUCUUUUGCCCCUUGGUGUCCAGGAAGUAUCGCUGCAGCCGCGGUUGAAGGAGAGGCUGAUAAAUAUCACCCUGCAGGCUGACAGAGGAGAGAUACAGCAGGAGCAAGCUUCAGAGCUCAUUUCCUCACUGCUGACCCACAUGUCUGCUGCCAUGCUCUGGACCCGGAUUCCACAGGGAGGGGUGCAAGCUAAAGACAUUUGGCCCAACUGGUCAGAGCGCUCUUCACUCGGCAUACCUGUGAACACACCACGGAUCAUCAGGCAGCAACAGAGCCUUCCACUGGCUAUUCAGAAGAACAUCAACGUCACUAUUGGACACAGCGCCCUCCUCACCAAUGCCACCCGAUCGCUGACCAUCCUUUGCCCUGUAGAAGGCAGCCCGCCUCCCAAAAUCAACUGGACCAAAGAUGGAGCUCUGCUGCAGUUCACUGAUAGGGUCUCCAGGGACAGCUCCGGAGGACUUCACAUCCUUCAGCCCAGAGUGUCUGACAGAGGCCAGUACAAGUGCACAGCUGCCAACAUGCAUGGCUCAGACUCAGAGACGUCUCAGCUACUUGUGGCAGAGCCACCGGCCAUCGCAGUGUCAUGGAGGAAUGUUUCAGACUAUGAGCUGGUGUUGGGACACAGCUUGAGGGCUGUGGUUGGGGAACGAGUCAGUGUUCGGCCAGGCACCAACCUCACACUGGACUGCCCAGUCACUGGUGUUCCUCCACCCACAGUGAAAUGGCACGGGAAGCGUGGAUUGUUGGACUCCAGUGCUGUCUCCCUUCCCUCUGGCUCACUGUGGAUCAGAAACGUAUCUUUGCACGACCAAGGCACCUACUCCUGCACAGCCCAUAACACCAUAGGAAAGUCCAUAGCCUCUACUGUGCUGCAAGUCAAUGGUGGGUUCACACGCAGGGUUGUUCCUGUCAUACGAGAGCUGAACAGGAGAAGGGUCCACAUGGCGUCACGCCGCGGAACGAGUGUUUUUAUCAAACCUGGAGACAUUCUACGUAUAGGUUGUCCAGUACUUCCUGACCACAAACUGCAAGUUCGCUGGGACUACAACAACCAGACCUUGAAGGAGAUUUCCCGUCCAGCCCAGUCCCAGGGUCCAGGUCUCGGCCUGCAGUACAGGAUGUUGGUGGCUGGCCGUGUCCUUGAGGUCAACAGCCUCCAUGUGAAGUUCUCAGGCCGGUACCAAUGCCAAACCUUCAUCAACAGUACCAAACAAAUGCUGUAUGCCUGGAUAUACGUUCUCUCUGAAGAUUUAGGCUGGCGUUUUGGAGACUGGACCACAUGCAGUGCUUCCUGUGGGAACAGAGGCACUUGGCUGCGGAAGAUUCACUGUGUCACACUGAAUGGAAAGGAGGUGCAGCCCACCAUGUGUCACCACAUACCAAAGCCCAUCACCUCCCCGGUCCCCUGCAACAGACUGGACUGCCCCCCCAGAUGGCUGGUAUCAGAGUGGUCCAAGUGCUCGGCCUCAUGUGGUAGUGGCUGGAAACAGAGGCAGAUCACCUGUCAGCAGCAGGAUGCCGGAGGUGCAGUGAGGAGCCUGUCAGCAGCUGCCUGUGAGAGGAUGACCCGGCCCACAGACACGGAGACUUGCACUGCUAAUAACUGCCCCACCUGGGUUACUAGUCCAUGGGGAAAGUGUUCAGGUAGGUGUUUGGGGCCCACCACCACUGUUCAGAAGAGGUCCGUCAUCUGCCAACAUGCCAAUGGCUCCUUGUUCACAGAGUGCGAUCUGAGGGACAGGCCUGUUUCAGUGCGGAACUGUUCCUCAGACCUAUGUGAUGUCCAAUGGCAUCCAGGUGCAUGGCGGGCGUGCACUGUGGUCUGUGGGAGUGGCUUUCAAUCACGCAGGGUGGACUGUGUUCACCGAAGAAGUAGCAGGAUGUUGGCUGACCAGCACUGCGCCUGGCUCCAGCGGCCCUCCACCUGGCAGCAUUGCAACACCUCCACCUGUGGGAGCGAAUGCCAGGACACAACCCAGUACUGCAGUGUGGUGAAGAGUCUAAAGCUGUGUUACCUGGACAUGUACAAACAUAGAUGCUGUGGGUCAUGUUCAGAGGACGCUGACUCUACCUAG